GCCGAGGAAAACCGGAGGUCAGGGAGAUAAGAGAUUUAAAUAAAUACAUUUAAGGGGGAAAAAAAACAGUGAACGGUGGCACAUCUGAGAGACUCAAUAGAGAGAGAAAAAACUAAAGAAAAGAGGAUAAACUUAACGGCACUGAAGAAAGCUGUUUGAAGGAUACCACGUGUGUGUGUAUGUGUACAUGUCUGUAUGUGGCUGUUGAUAUAUGUUGAAACAGGGUUAGUCAGAUACUAAGGAAAUUCAAAGCAGAUCAUGGAACCCUCAAGUCAUGCAGAGAUGGAACCCAAAGAAAGAAGGAAAAUCCACUUUGCAGUCCCAGCCACAGAACCAACCCAACUGGACCCGCGGCAGGUUGAAAUGAUCCGACGACGAAGGCCCACACCUGCCACACUGUUCAAAGUAUCAGAUCAAACAACAACUGAGGAUGAUAACUCCACCCAUCAGUGGGUUGUAGGGGAAAAUGGUGUCCUAAAACCAAAACUAAUCAACCCAAAUAUCUACCAGCCACCAUCAUUAAAAGCCGUUCAGCAGAUGGCUGAAGCUCAGAUGCUGAAAUUAGGUGUGUAUCCUCAUGUAGAGGAAGAAGGGGAGGAGCCUAUUCUGAGAGAGGAGGAGGAGCUAUCCUCAUCCCACACGCCUGAAUUGCUCCCCUUGAAGAUUCACAGGAGCAAAUGGGCCUGGCGGAUAACCAAUCGGGAAUCGGAAAGGCAAGCGCCACAGAGCCGACUGAUGAAGACGAGGAGUUGUUAGAGGAAGAAAAAGACGAUAUGGCCGAGCAUGAGUGCAGAAAUGUGGAUUGAGGAUGCAAGACUUAUAAUUAUUAAGAGUGAUUGAUUAUUGGUUAUCAAUCAGUGAUUCCAUCCUUAAGCUGUCGGUUUGUUUUCGGAGAGAGAAAAAGACGGAACACCUGGAUUUUUGGAGUGGUCUUAUGAAUAAGUGAAAUAGUCAUAUAUAAGGUAAAACCUACAGCAUCAGUCAUCAUGUAUUUUGAUAUCAUCAUAUACACAGGUAAAGUGCAAAUGUUUAGUUCUUUGAGCAGUGCAGUCCUGUAUGUAUGGGUUGUGUGUAGUACUGUUUGAAAUUGCAUGCUACCAUACUUCUCUUACUAUUUCUACAUUAUACAAGUAGUAUGGUAGUAUGCAAUUCUAGAUGAUGUGUUUGUAUUCAUCUGGACCUGCACUGCCAUCUAGUGUACAGAGGAUUGUUAUACUAAGUCAAUUGAUCUUAAAUCAUUUGCUAAAAACCCAAACUUGUGCACAUGAAAAGGCUGACUCUCAAUUCUUUAGGAGCAUUAUUGUCUAGCAUUUUUGGCUGUUAAAUCUACCAUCUGGGCGGCUUCUGUAGACACUGACUAAACUUCAAAUGGCAGUACAUUUAGGCCUCCUGACAAAAAAAAUAUUCACCCAAUUUUAGUUUUCCAUUUUUAAUCAUACGUUUUGACAUUCAUUUGUGGUUUUUCAAUGACGUGAUUUAAAGUUCCCACAAAAAAAUUUAAAUGCUGAAUUUGCUACUUUUAGAUUAUAAUAUGGCCAUAAUUAUUUACAGGUAAUAAAGUUCCAGAAUUAGUGCCUCUGUGCUCAUAUACAACGGGAAUAUCAGAAAGGUGUAAAUAAUUUUGUGCAGUUACUGUAAUUAAAGGAUUGUAUUAAUAUCAACUAGAUAACUUAUUACUUAUCAUGGUUUUUAUUAAGAGGAAUGUGUUACUUGUUUCUUGCAUAGCGAAAUCCAAAGUUUGGGAACAAAUGUUGAAAUGUUUUUAAUUGUUCAAAUGAACUAAAACAUAAAAAGUUCAAGAAUAUACAACAGCCAUGUAUUGCUUUUUGUAAGGGGAAAACAAAAAGUGAUUUUAUCGACAUUUAUAUACAAUAUGACAAUUCAAAACUCAUUGACAUGCAAUAAGUUUAAGUCUUUGUACCAAUAAAUAUAUUUGCACUGAACUUUAAAAGAAAUCUUUCCUUUUUAUAUUUUUUGGAAUGAAAGACACUUAAUUGGGGAAAUAAACUGAUAGUUAGAGUUUGCCAAAGUGAUGUGUCAUGAACUACAUGAUCAACUGUACGUCAGAUGAAAUGAAAAUGUCACUAAGUAUAUAUCUUUCCUUUUAUAAUUCAGUCUUACUCAGACAUCUCUAGGUUUAAGGCCUAGUGCCAUUUGGACACAAUUGAACAUGGUCUGAACCUCUGUUUGAAGUGCUAUGAUGCUUUGUUGUUUUUGUCUGUCUGCGUUUGGAAAUAAAGAAUGAUUUUUAUUCCCCUAACCAAUGAAAGCAAUGGAAAUAAAGCAAU